UCGCCUUUCUCAUAGGCCUCUCAGCCCUCACUCUGCUGUAAUCCACAGUGCCCGGGUCCUCUUCGCUGCUGAGAGCCCAUCCCUCUGCCCCACGGCACUGAAGGAGCAGGAGGGAUUGGCAGCACCACUGGCUCAAUUUCAGCAUGUGGCAGGAACACCAGACAUGGGCCAGAGAUAAUGUGGUAUAUGGCCCUUAGAUAGUGUACUGGAUCGGCCUGCAGCAAAACUUCAACAGGCUCUUUUCUUCUGUGAAAGCCAGGAAAUCAGAUAUCUACACAGACUUGUGGUUUGUGAUUGGAGAGCUGGAUUGAAAGAUGUCUCAAUGAAAGUGAAAACAAACGGUAUUCCAGUCACACCUCUCUGGGGCAUGUUUCUAAUGAUGAAAAUGAGGAAAAAGAAAAUAACAGAGCAUCCAAACCACACUCUACUCCAGCUACUCUGCAAUGGCUGGAGGAGAACUAUGAGAUUGCAGAAGGCGUUUGCAUUCCUCGAAGUGCUCUCUACAUGCACUAUUUGGACUUCUGUGAGAAAAACGACACACAGCCUGUUAACGCUGCCAGCUUUGGGAAGAUAAUAAGACAACAAUUUCCACAGUUAACAACAAGAAGACUCGGAACCAGAGGCCAGUCAAAGUACCAUUACUAUGGCAUUGCAGUGAAAGAGAGCUCUCAGUAUUAUGACGUGAUGUAUUCUAAGAAAGGAGCAGCCUGGGUCAAUGAAACAGGAAAAAAAGAAGUAACCAAACAGACAGUGGCGUAUUCACCACGAUCCAAACUUGGAACGUUACUGCCAGAGUUUCCAAAUGUCAAAGAUCUAAAUCUGCCAGCCAGUCUGCCAGAGGAGAAGGUUUCUACCUUUAUUAUGAUGUACAGAACUCACUGUCAGCGGAUACUAGACACUGUAAUAAGAGCCAACUUUGAUGAGGUUCAAAGUUUUCUUCUGCACUUUUGGCAAGGGAUGCCGCCUCACAUGCUUCCUGUAUUGGGUUCUUCCACUGUAGUAAAUAUAGUUGGGGUUUGUGAUUCAAUAUUGUACAAAGCUAUUUCUGGAGUUUUGAUGCCAACAGUACUGCAAGCAUUACCUGACAGCUUGACGCAGGUGAUCCGAAAGUUUGCAAAACAGCUGGAUGAGUGGUUAAAAGUAGCUCUCUAUGACCUGCCAGAAAACCUCCGAAAUAUCAAGUUUGAGUUGUCCAGAAGGUUUUCACAAAUUCUCCGGCGGCAGACCUCAUUAAAUCAUCUCUGCCAGGCAUCAAGAACGGUGAUCCACAGUGCAGACAUUACCUUUCAAAUGCUGGAGGACUGGAGGAAUGUGGAUUUGAACAGCAUUACCAAACAAACUCUCUAUACCAUGGAGGAUUCACGUGAGGAGCACAGAAAGCUCAUCAUACAAUUGUAUCAGGAAUUUGAUCAUCUUUUGGAGGAGCAGUCACCCAUUGAGUCCUACAUUGAGUGGCUGGAUUCCAUGGUGGACAGAUGCGUUGUGAAGGUAGCUGCCAAGAGACAAGGCUCUUUGAAGAAAGUGGCUCAACAGUUCCUCUUGAUGUGGUCCUGCUUUGGCACACGAGUGAUUCGGGACAUGACUUUGCACAGUGCACCCAGCUUUGGGUCUUUUCACCUUAUUCACUUGAUGUUUGAUGACUACGUAUUAUACCUGUUAGAAUCACUGCAUUGUCAGGAGAGAGCUAAUGAGUUAAUGAGGGCAAUGAAAGGAGAAGGAAGCACAGCAGAAAUACGAGAAGAAAUUAUAUUGACAGAACCUGCUCCUCCAACUCCCUCCCCAGUGCCAUUCUCUCCAGCUAAAUCUGCCACCUUGGUGGAAGUGCCGUCUGCACCCUCACCUGUGAGCAGUCAAUCCCCAGAGUACGCUAGCAUAGCAACUACAACAGGGGCUAUGCAGUCCUAUACAUGGUCACUCACAUACACUGUGACAACAGCUGCUGGGUCACCUGCUGAAAACUCGCAACAGCUGCCCUGCAUGAGAAGUCCUCAUGUGCCUUCUUCAUCCGUCACACACAGGAUACCUGUUUACCCCCACAGAGAGGAACACGGGUACACAGGAAGCUACAACUAUGGUAGCUAUAGCAACCAGCACCCUUAUCCAAUGCAGAGUCAAUAUCCAUCUCUAUCACAUGACACUACUAUUUCUGGACCACUUCAUUACUCAGCUUAUCACAGAAGCUCUUCACAGUACCCUUUUAACAGUCCGACAUCCAGGAUGGAGCCCUGUUUGAUGAGCAGUACCCCAAGACUGCAUCCAGCCCCUGUAACUCCUCGCUGGCCUGAAGUCCCAUCAGCAAACACAUGCUACACAAGUCCAUCCAUGCACUCCACAAGAUAUGGAAACUCUAGUGACAUGUACACGCCCUUGACAACACGCAGGAAUUCUGAAUAUGAGCACAUGCAACACUUUCCCGGCUUUGCCUACAUCAAUGGAGAAGCCACCACAGGAUGGGCUAAGUGAAAAUGUCUGGUAUGGCAUGAGCCCCUAUAUUUAAUAAAGACAGAAAAACUUUAUAUCUGGCUAUUACAUGGGACUUUAUCUGAACGUUCGUCAACAGACUUGAAGAUAGAAUCGAUCCUGGACAGAUAAUUUUAGUUCAUAAUCUGGACAUACUGCAGACCAGUGUGACGGAGUGUUCUUGUAACAAGAUUUAAACUGUUACUAUAGAGCAUUAUAUUGGCCAAGCUGUGCCUUUUUUUUCUUCUGUCCUGUGGUCUGGCCCUGUUAUGAUGUCAGUUUCACUGAGCCAUUCCCC